AUGGUGUCAGUGAUACCAGUGAAGGAGAAGAAACUCAGGGAUGUCAAAAUAGGGGAGCUACCAAGCUGGACAUUGAUGUGGGAUUUCAUCCCUAAAGGCAUUGAUGGAGCAUAUCAAAGAGAUUAG